AGCGACUUACAGCUUGGCUGGGCUCUACACAAGCCGCAAAGUCAAGCGAUGCGGUUUCCUUUUGAGGUUAAACAGUACCUUACAACGAAAUUUGACCUUGGAGAGAGAACUGGAAACAAGGUGGAUCCAGGAAAAGUGGCGGCAGACAUGAGAACAGCAAGAAACACGGAUGGUUCGUGGAUUUUUAAAAGGGAACAUUGGCUAACGAAAAGUCAAGUACAGGGGUUCUUUUCAAGACUGGCGGCCACUCGAAGAAGGCAAGGAAACGAAGAGAUUCAGAUUGAGGAUGUGCUCGCUGAGGAGGAAGAGCGGGAAAGACAAGAAGUGCUGGAGAGCGUAGCCGCUCAGCUAAGUCCUAGGCAUCCAAUCUGUUACGAUUCU